AUGGAGAGGGGCUCUGGAGGCGAAGGACAAGCCUGGUGGAUGGAUCCAGAGCACUUCCGCAGGCCACUGGUGUUCUUCAUGGACGCAGAACAGGAGGAGCUGGUGUUCGGGCGCGGGGACGCCGACCUGCGGCGCCUGGAGGAGCACAGCCACACGCUGAUCCAGCUGGAGGCCUGGGCCACGCCGGAGGGCCACACCCGCGUCACCGUGGUGGGGUCGCCGGGGGCACGUCACUGGCUGCAGGAGCUAGUGCGCAGCCUGGACAGCGCAGACUACGAGGAGCGGGCCAGGGCCCUGGAGCUGCUGGGGCGGGUGCACGGACGCCCCUUGUGCCCGGCAUCACCUGGUCUUUGCAGGGCGGGGGCUGCUGCUGCCUGA